GCGUGCAAAUCGCCGUCAUGACGCACGCAGGAUAUUACGUCAUCCUAACACAUGGAGACAUUUGCACAACGUUGGACGGUGCGACUCAGCGCCGCGUAUUUUUGAAAUACAUUUUUACUAAUGCGACUUAGUUAACCGGUGGUUAUGUUUUGCAUUGGCGGUUUUUUUCUUCUUCUUCUUCCUUCUAAUCGGUACAAGGCCGCGCAGUUGUUACAUCGCAGGAUCGCAAGAGAUUGCCACGGCUUGGCUGAAGGGCCUUCAAUCCAGCAGUGGAAUUGGGUCCACGCCCGGUGGUGAUUAAGAUUUUAGCUGCGUUGUGUAACGCGGACCACGUCCGGCUCGCGCGCACGCGUCUCGUUUACGUUCGUAAGAGGCGUGAGACGUUUAUGGUUUAUGAUUUAUUUUUAUUUUUACUUCAUGCAAAGGAAUUUUGGUCAAAACGUCUUGAAUGCAGGAACCCCGUCCGGCAAAACAUUCCCCUCGGUACGAGUUAGCGGCGUGGCUCUCCGGCUUUAAGUCGGUGAAGUACAUGACAUUUGGCUAUUCUGGCUAAUGCCGAGCUCAUUGGUCUGCCUGCUCCUCGGCUACCCAUUGAUAAAAGGGUCACAAUGCAGCGCUGUCAGAAUCAGAAUAAACACCUAAGGGUAGGGAGCAGACCCGUAAGGAAGACGCAGACUCGCGAUUAGAACUAAACUCCUCGCCACGUCUGGAGGCUCCUCACUUUGAGACGCACAACACACCCGUGUGACCGUCCGCACCAAAGCAGCAUUGCUUAUUGUGUUUUUUAUUUAAAUAAACUGGGUGACAUUCGACAGUUGUAUAACUUUAGGGUGGAGUAGAUACCUUUGGUUUGCAACAAGCCACGAUUCGUGGACCAUCACUCCAGAGAAUUGGGGAGGAUUUCCAUCACAAGUCCCCAUGGAACGAGGCACAGAGCGGGUCGUGGCCUUGGUGGACAUGGACUGCUUCUAUGUCCAGGUGGAGCAGAAGUUUAACCCUCAGCUCAAGGGCAAGCCGUGCGUGGUGGUGCAAUACAAGGGCUGGCGAGGAGGAGGCAUCAUCGCGGUGAGCUAUGAGGCGCGCGCCUUCGGGGUGAGCCGCAACAUGCGUGGAGACGAGGCGCGGAAGCUCUGCCCCGAGCUCCUCCUCGCCCGUGUCCCCGAAGCGCACGGCAAGGCCGACCUCACCAGGUACCGGGAGGCGAGCGUGCAGGUGCUUGACGUCAUGGCACGCUUCGCUAUCGUGGAGCGCGCCAGCAUCGACGAGGCCUACAUGGACCUGACGGACGCCUUGGCGUCGCGCAUCAGUGCCUUGCACGGCCGCCCCCUGGUCCCCGACGACCUCCCCGGGACCCACGUGGAGGGGUGGCCCCGUGACAGGGAGGUAGACGCUGCCGGGGAGGGAGACCCGGCCGGGGUGGGAGGAGUAGAGAUCGACAGAGAAACGCGGCGAGUCCGUGGGUUGGCGGAGUGGCUGUCUUCGCUGGGGGCGGAAGAGGAUGGAGAGGGGGGUGCCGCCGCCACUAACGGGGAGCUGCGUUUGGCCAUGGGGGCCACGCUGGUAGCUGAGAUGAGGGCGGCCGUGGAGGCUGAGACUGGGUUCCAGUGCUCGGCCGGUAUCGCCCACAACAAGACGCUGGCCAAGCUAGCGUGCGGCAUGAACAAGCCCAACAAGCAGACGGUACUGUCACUGUCCUCCAUCCCAAAGCUCUUCGCGACGCUGCCGAUCAGCAAGAUACGUCACUUGGGGGGGAAGCUCGGGAGCUCGGUGGUCGAGACGCUGGGCGUGGAGACGAUGGGGCAGCUCGUGGAAUUCACAGAGGGCGCUCUGCAGGCACACUUCGGCGAGAAAACCGGCUCGUGGCUGCACGACCUGUGCCGAGGCGUGGAAUUCGAGCCUGUGCGGCCCAGGCAGCUGCCCAAGUCCAUCGGCUGCAGCAAGAACUUCAUGGGCCGGGAGGCUCUGGACACGAAGGAGAAGGUGCAGCACUGGCUGCAGCAGCUGUCAUUGGAGCUGGAGGAGAGACUGAGUAAGGACAGAGACAUGAACAAUCGCGUGGCCAAGCUGCUGACAGCGGGCGUGCGGCUGAGCGGGGACCAGCGCUACUGGGGCCUGUCGCGCUCCUGUCCCCUGGCGCGCUACGACGCACGGCGCAUCGCCAGCGACGCCCUCGCGCUCAUCGCCGCCUCCAACACGGCCGGUGCUCAGCACGCGGAGUGGUCUCCAGCUGUCACCUGCCUGUACCUCUCUGCCACCAAGUUCUCCGAUUCUGCAUCAAGUUCCGGGGGAAUCGCCAGCUUCCUGACGGGCGACGCCUCGGCCACCCAGAGCCUCGCGCCCCCCACGCAGAAACCUCUUCCUCCACCCCCCUCGGCCACACCCGAGGGCCAACGUAACGGUUGGAGCCCGGCGGCGACGGACAAGCCGGGUAUUCUCGCCUUCUUCAGGAGAACGGCCUCUCGAUUAGACGGCCUCAGAGCCGGGAGCGAGACUCCGGUGCAUGCGUUGACCUGUGACCUUCCUACAAAGUCGAUCGAGGGCAGUUGCCCUGAACCACAAACUCGUUUGCCGGCUCGGAGCCCCCAGAAUGUCAUCUCCUCGUUCUUCCAGCGGAGGGCGCUCGGUGCCACAACGGCAGAAACCACAACAACAGCGGAGUCGAGUUUCGUGGCUGAACAUCCUUGUGACGCAGCGGUCGGAAAGUCACUCGGCACCCAGGCCAAGGACAUCACUGCAGGAUCUGCAGACCCCAAUCAAGAAAUGCAUGACAGCAGCAAAGCAGCCUCAGAAGCUGUCAAUCAGGUUGAGUGUGAGAAAGAACACGGGAAAACAGCCUCUGCCGCCAACAAAGAAGGCAAUGAUGGAGGAUUUGAGUUUUUGAAUAAAAAUGAAGAUGAGUGCGGUUUUGCUGCGCUGGCAGGUGACGACGGAGGUUUCGGAAGCAGCAGCAGAAGGAUGGAUCGAUCCACUUCUCAGGACCCAGAGGGGGGUUCAGCAUCCUGGAGCACCUCCGAGGACUACGUGCUGUGCGAGAAGUGCAACGCGCGCGUGCUGGUGUGGGAAAUGCCCGAGCACACGGAUUACCACUUCGCCCGCAACCUGCAGGACUCCUUCUCUGCUGCGUCACCGAUCGUCCCGCAUGGCCAACACCUGUCGCCGGCGCCACCACCACCAAAACACUCCCAGCGUGGCAAGGUCACCAGAAAAAAGACGGGCGAAAACCCUGCCGCCAAACGGCAGAGGACCUCGGGAAACUUUGGCACAUUGGAUGCCUUCUUCAAGAAGUCUCCUGGGUAGAGCAGUUACACUUUCCAAACUGUGCUGGAUUUAAGCGGUAGGCUUAAAUCUGUUAAAUGUAAGCUUAGGAUUUUUUAAACAUUUUUUUUACCACAUACCAAUUUCCAAACCUUACUGUUCUGCUUUAAACCAUUUUGACUUUUUUUUAAAGACACCUGUCAAAAUCAAUAUGCAGUGGAGAAGGGUUUAAAAAGGCCGCAGCCUAACGCUUAAAUCGGUAGCAUUGGAAAAUGUACGUUUUUUGAUCACCAUUUGCACAAGUUGCAUACCAGCCACUUUAAUGUGUAUACUGCUUUUCUUAAAUGCUGUGAAAAAAGAGCAUUUUGUAUGAUUUUAAAA